AUGCCUUGGAUGCGGGGCUCCAUCAUGGGGCCCAGGAAGAGCAAACGAGCAGCAGCAUCUGCUGCAGCUGCUGCAGCACCUGCUGCAGCUGCUGCAGCACCUGCUGCAGCAGCAGAUGCUGCGGAUGCUCUGCAGCAACAUCACCAGCAGGAUGACGUCCAGAGAAAAGAUAGCAGCCAGCUGACAGCCCCGCAGCAGCAGCAGCAGCAGCAGCAGCAACAGCAGCAGCAAGGACACGAAAAUGAAAAGUCCCAGCAGGGGGAGCUUCAGAGGCAGCAGCAGCAACACGAGGCUGAACAGCCCAAGUGCUCUGAGCCCAAUCAGGACUUCUGCGAGCAGCAGCAGAACCCGCAGCAGCAACAGCAGCAACAGCAGCAGCAGCAGCAACAAGAACAGCAGCAGCAAGAGCACGCCGCUUCUACGGGUGCCGCGCGAGCAGCAGAGCCCCCAGCAGCAGCAGCAGCAGCAGCAGACGCAGCAGCAGCAGACGCAGCAGCAGCAGCAGCAGCAGCAGCAGCAGACGCAGCCACGGGCACUGUACCCUUUGGCCCCAAACUCUGGAGGGGCCCCAGCGACCUCCCUUCCUGGAUGCAGUAUAACUCCGCAGGUUCUUUUCGCCACUCGCCUUCUCAAGAAGCAGCAGGUUAG